AUGCGAAGUGAUCAAGCACACAACACAGUCGAAUUUAAGGCUGAGGCAGAAGUAGCUGCUUUGAACCGUCGUAUGACACUGCUCGAAGAGGAACUCGAAAGGGCUGAAGAACGUCUGAAAUUGGCAACUGACAAACUUGAAGAGGCGACACAUACGGCUGAUGAAUCUGAGCGUGCUCGUAAAUCGAUGGAAACACGCUCACAACAGGAUGAGGAACGUGCCAACAUACUUGAGGUUCAAGUUGAAGAGGCGAAAGUGAUCGCUGAAGAGGCCGAUCGCAAAUACGAAGAGGUUACGUGCUUGUUUCAAUAUCCGUUCCUUGUUGUUUGCUCUUUCAAUUCGUUUCGUUUCAAUUCAUGUGCCUUCGUUUUCGUCGUUUCGUAA